AUGUUUCUUUCAUUAUAUUUUGUUAAUACAAUAUUACCAUUGUCCAAUGAACAAUUAAUUAUUAUUAAUAAAGGAUUAAAAUUUAUACCACCAUGUCAAAGUCAUUUCUUUUAUCGUCAACCAACAGAAAAAAUUAUUGAACGAGAAUAUCAACGUCUGUAUAAUGAUAACGUUAAAAAUUUAUUUAAUUAUGCUUAUCCAGAAAAAGAUCAACGAGCAACGGAUUAUUUUACUUCAAUAAAAAAUUUACUUCAACAACUCUAUACAAAACCAUUACGAAAACAACUUAAAGCAUGUGCUCGUUAUAUUUAUUUCACGAUCAAAUCCAUUCAACGAUGUUUACGAAAAGCUAAUGUUGUUGUUGGACAAACAGAUAAAAGUAAAUUAUUUUUUUUCAUGAAUGCUCAAGAAUAUGAAGAAAAAAUUCAAAAUUAUAUGACAAAGACAAAUGCUUACGAAGAAAUUACCAGUGGUAUUUGUCCAUUAGCCGAUGAUUUACAUGCCGUAUUAACUUUACUUGAUUACUUAUUAAUAAAUGAUCGAAUUACAAAAGAACAAUAUAAAGAAAUGUAUCCCGAUUUAACUAAAUUGGAAUUAGCUCAUAUUUAUUUUAAUCUUAAAGUACAUAAGCCUGACAUAUCAGUUCGGCCCAUUAUUGCUUCAAUCAAUGCACCAGCUAGACUUAUAUCAAGUUUUCUUGAACAACUUCUUACUCCAAUCUACAAUGAAGUGACCAAAGAUUUUACAUUUAUCAAUGAUGGACAUCUUACUUCAACAACUUUAUUUCUUAUAUUUGAUGUUAGUGAUUUAUAUACAAUGAUACCACGUGAUCGUGCUCUUGUUGUAUUAGGUCGAUUUUGUACCAAAUAUGGCAAAGAUAGAAAAAUUGGCAAUCUUAAUAUAGAUACGAUUAUUCGAUUGGUCCGUAUUGUUUUGGAUACAAAUUCAUUUGCUUAUAAAGAUAAAUACUAUCGACAAAUUAAAGGUGGUGCAAUGGGUUCGCCUUUUACUAUGGUAUUAGCAAAUAUUUAUAUGUUCGAAUGGGAACAAGACUUAAUUCAACAUCAAAUAACACAUCAUGAAAUCUAUGGCCGAUAUAUUGAUGAUGUAUUCAUGACAACCAACUUACCAAAAGAAAAAAUUUUAGAAGAACUUGAUAAAACGAUAAUCAAAGAUUCAAACAUUCAAAUUUCUACAACGAUUACUUCAGAACCAUAUAUUCUACCGUAUGAAUCUAAUCAUCCACGACAUAUUCAUACUAAUAUACCAUACAAUGCAUUAGUUCGAGCUGCUCGUCUUUGCUCUUCAAUAGAAGAUUUUGAUAUGGAACGUUUAAGUACAGAAAUGAUUUUAUUAGUCAAUGGUUAUCCACCAAAAUUUAUACAAUAUCAUAUGAAAAAUUUCUUUAAAAAAUUUGAUGCUAUGACUGUUUGGACUGACUUAGAUUGUGAAGCAUAUCAACAAUUACAUCAUACAUUACUUAACAAACCAACAAGACGAGAAAAACAACAAAAUAGUGGCAAAAGUAAUCAUCAAUCGAUUCGAAAAAAGAAAAACUCUGAACAAAAAAAUCAAAUUUAUGUUCAUUAUACAU